AUGUCUGGCAACAACAGCGGCAAGGGUAGCGGUAGCGGAUCUGGUGGUGGUGGCUUUGAAUACAAAAGCCACGGCGUGAACAAUGAUGGCAACCACUACUGUGCUCGAGACUACGGUGCCGCUGCCCCGAACCAGAACUCGUACCACUACUCCAACCGGGAUGGCUCGUACUACUAUUCCAACCCCAACGGCAGCACCUACUACAACGAUGGCCAGGGCUCGGCCCGGUACACCGCCCCUUCAGGUGCCCGGUACUACUAUGGGGACUCCUCCAACGGCCAGAAGUAA